AUGACCCCGCGCGCCUCGCGCGACGCGGACGCGGCCGCGGCGGGGAUCGCCGCGCUCGCGGUGGACGACGACGACGGCGGCGGCGGCGGCGGCGGCGACGCCGGCGACGCCGACGCCGACGCCGACGAGAGCGAGAGGAACGACGACGCGUCGUCGCGGCGUCCUCCGACCCCCGCGCCGACGUUCGACGGCCCCGGGGUUCCGUACGCGCACAAGUUCUCACCCGUACGCCGCGGCCCCGUGGGCGUGGCGACCCUGGGCGGCGUCGUCGCGACCGACUUCGUGUGCUGGCCGCACCUCACGAACGGUCGGCGAUGCCCCGCGUCGUCGUCGUCGGCGGCGUCGUCCGACGGCGUCGUCGCGCCCUCGCCGUCUCCACCCUGCGCGCUCUGCCACGACUUCGGCGACGCCACGACGACGUGCGGCGCGCGCGUCAGAGAGGCGCUCGGGCAGAUCAAGCGCGCGAAGCGCGCGACGCGCGCGACGCGCGCGGGGGAGGCGUCGACGCGAUGCCGCUACGGCGCGGCGUGCGAGCGAAUGAAGCGGCAUCCGUCCGACGCGGAGGUUCGACGAACGCUCGGGACGUGGUGGACGAGGACGCGCGGCGGUGGCGGCGGCGGCGGCGCCGCGCCCGCGUGGUCGCUCACGAGCGAAGGGAUGGCGCGGUUUCGCGCGAAGGACGACAGCGGCCGCGCGGCCGCGACCAGCGGCGGCGGCGGCGGCGGCGGAGAGAAACGCACGGCCGGCGACGACGAGGUCGAGGAGGAGGAGGAGACGGAGGAGGAGCGCGCGUUUCUCUCCGCGCGCGUCGCUCGCAGACUCGCCGAGCGCGCCGGGGACAACUCGUACGUCGCGACGCUUCUGCGCGAACCGUUCUGGGCGUCGCGCGUCCUGAGGGACCCGCGCCUGCGACGACUCUUCGCGGGGAAGAAGGCGCACAAGGAGGUCACCGAGGCGUUCUCGGCGGCGGCGAAGACGCGCGCGCUGAUCGCCGCGCUGGACGCCACGUCAGACGAUCAGGCCUCCGUCGACGGCGCCGGGUGGACGAUCUUCGACGCGUGCAGCGGCAAGGGCGUCGCGGCGAUUCUGUUUUCGUUUUGGUUCCCGCGCGCGAAGAUCGUGAUGCUCGACGCCGACGGCACGAUGGACUUGACGCACGUGAGAGCCCGCGCGAACGUGACGUUCCGCCACGUGGACCUGUACGGCGAGUCCGUCGUGGAGGCGAUUCGCGACGAAUGCGGUGAUGGCGAUGCGUCGGAUGCCACGUCGGAUGCCACGUCGGAUGCCACGUCGGAUGUCUGCGGCCGAUCAGAGCGCAGCGCCAGAGGGGGCGCGAUCCUCGUCGGCGUGCACCUGUGCGGCGCGUUGUCCCCGCGGCUGAUCGACCUCGCGUUCGGUCUCGACGAGAUCCGCGGCCUCGUUCUGUGUCCGUGCUGCGUCAAGGGCACGCUCGGGAGAGACUGCGUGCGGUCGGGGAAGGAGAGAGGCGUGGGCGCGUACGUCGUGCUGUGCGAGACGUUCCGGGCGCUGUGCGAGCGCGAGAUUUGCAUCAUCGGCGGACGACGCGGCGGCGGGUUCGUGCGCGUCGCCGCGGACGAAGACGUGAUGUCGCCCGUGAACUGUUUCAUCACCGUCGCGAAGCCUCGCGGCGGCGGCGCGUUGUGCGAGGCGUGUUAG